AUGGUUUCCCAGGGGUCCUCAUCCUCCCUGCUGGAGGCCCUGAGCAGUGACUUCUUGGCCUGUAAAAUCUGCCUGGAGCAGCUGCGGGUGCCCAAAACCCUGCCCUGCCUGCACACUUACUGCCAGGCCUGCCUGGCCCAGCUGGCCGAAGGUGGCCACCUGCGAUGCCCUGAGUGCCGCGAGGUCGUGCCUGUGCCACCAGGAGGUGUGGCCGUCUUCAAGACCAACUUCUUCGUCAAUGGGCUGCUGGACUUGGUGACCGCCCGGGCAGGGGGAGACCUGCGUGCAGGGAAGCCGGCCUGUGCCCUAUGCCCCCUAAUGGGGGGCACAGGCACAGGAGGGCCAGCCACCGCCCGGUGCCUGGACUGUGCCGACGACUUGUGCCAGGCCUGUGCUGAUGGGCACCGCUGUACCCGCCAGACCCAUGCCCAUCGAGUGGUGGACCUGGUAGGCUACAGGGCGGGGUGGUAUGAUGAGGAGGCCCGGGAGCGCCAGGCAGCCCAGUGCCCCCAGCACCCUGGUGAGGCUCUGCGCUUCCUGUGCCAGCCCUGCUCCCAGCUGUUGUGCCGUGAGUGCCGCCUGGACCCCCACCUGGACCACCCGUGCCUGCCCCUGGCCGAAGCUGUGCGGGCCCGGCGACCAGGCCUGGAGGAGCUGCUGGCAGGUGUGGACAGCAACCUGGCAGAGCUGGAAGCUGCCUGGACCGUGGAGAAGGAAGCGUUGGCCCGGCUGCGGGAGCAGGCAGCCAAGGUGGGGAUGGAGGUGGAGGAGGCGGCAGAGCGGGUCCUCCGGGCCCUCCUGGCCCAGAAGCAGGAGGUGCUGGGGCAGCUCCGGGCUCACGUGGAGGCUGCUGAGGAGGCUGCUCGGGGGAGGCUGGCGGAGCUCGAGAGCCGGGAGCAGGUGGCCAGGACGGCGGCCACGUUUGCCCGUCGGGUGCUCAGCCUGGGUCGCGAGGCUGAGAUCCUCUCACUGGAGGGGACAAUUGCCCGGAGGCUCCGGCAGCUGCAGGGCUGUCCCUGGGCGCCUGGGCCAUCCCCCUGCCUGCUGCCCCAGCUGGAGCUCCAUCCCGGGCUGCUGGACAAGAGCUGCCACCUGCUUCGGCUCUCCUUUGAAGAGCAGCAGCCCCAGAAGGACGGUGGGAAAGACGGAGCUGGAACCCAGGGAGAGGACCAAGACAGGACGGACAAACAGGGCAGUGGAGUCCAGUCCAAGAGCGGGGAUGUCACCAAGUUCCACAAAGAGGAUGGAGCCCAGAUCCAGAGAGAAGAUGGGGCCCAGACCCCAAAAGAGGACAAAGCCCAGAUCUCCAAAGAAGAUGGAGAAGCUCAGCCCGAGAAAAGUGGCAGAUCCAACAGAAGGAGAAAGUUCAAAGCCAGGCUCAAGUCCCUUUCCCGGGAGCCCAGCCCGGCACCUCCUGCAAACUUGGAAUGCUCCAGCCUCCUUCCCAAGCCCAUCUUUUUCUGCAGUUUCCCCACACGGAUGCCUGGAGACAAGUGGUCUCCCCGGAUCACAGGGCUCUGUCCCUUUGGCCCCCAGGAGAUCCUGGUGGCAGACGAGCAGAACAAAGUCCUGAAGCGCUUCUCUCUGAACGGUGACUAUAAGGGCACCGUGCCAGUCCCCGAGGGCUGCUCCCCGUGCAGCGUGGCCUCGCUGCGGGACACGGUGGCCUUCUCAGCCGGCUCUCGGCUCUACCUCAUCAGCCCUGACGGAGAGGUGAAAUGGCGCCGGGCCCUGAACCACUCCCAGGCCAGCCAUGCCGUGGCUGCCCUGCCAAGCAUGGACAGGGUGGCCGUCAGCGUGUCGGGCUACGUGGAGGUCUACAACUUGGAAGGAAGCCUGGCCACUCGGUUUGUCCCUGGGGGCAAGGCCAACCGGGGCCUCCGGGCACUGGUGUUCCUGGCAACCAGCCCCCAGGGCAAUUUUGUGGGGUCGGAUUGGCAGCAGAAUAGGUUGGUGAUCUGUAAUGGGCUGGGUCAGGUAAUCGGGGAGUACGGCGGGCCGGCCCUGCACGGCUGCCAGCCAGGCUCCUUAUCUGUGGACAGGAAGGGCUACAUCUUUCUGACUCUUCGGGAGGUCAACAAGGUGGUGGUGUUGGAUCCAAAGGGGUCACUGCUCGGUGACUUCCUCACAGCCUACCAUGGCCUGGAAAAGCCCCGGGUGACCACUAUGGUGGAUGGUCGCUACCUAGCCGUGUCCCUCAGUAAUGGGACCAUCCAUGUUUUCCGGGUCCGCUCUCCUGACAGUUAA